AUGCUCUCUCCUGCCAGUAAAGUGAAGCAGCCACUGAGCUGCGAGAAGAAUCAGGAGUUGAUGGAGCAGUGUCUUGAUAGUGUCUUCUCCCUGCCUCCCCAGGAGUUCACUGAGGACGUGGGGCCCAGCCAGACUCUUUAUGCCAGCACCAUGGCCACCCUGGAGGGGCUGAUGCAGAUAUUGCUGGAGGAGGAGGAGACGCCAGAGCGACUCCAGAGAACCUUCCGGCUCCUGCAGAGAUGGCUGGUGUCAGAGCAGGUGUGGGAGCGUGCCCGCGCCAUGCGGGUCAGCACCCACCUGCUGAAGGCAUAUCUCCAGACGGUCACCAUCACCACACAGAUCCCUCCUGGCCAGUUCAGCACUCUGGCUGGGACGCUGGGCCCCUACACCUGUGACUCACUGGGCAGCAUCCGCCAGGGCGCAGGGGACGCCAUUGGGUGCCUGCUAGACAUACAAGUUGCCAAGCAGCCCGGGACCCUGAGGGGCCGAGACAAGGCGUGGGCACUGAGGCGCGUGUGUCAGGAGCUGCAGAGUGCAGAUCCCGAGGAGGUGUGGGACGCGUCUAUCAAACUGGCCAAACGUGUCAGCAGGGCCCUGCCCAAGGCGGAGAUCCUGCCCUUCACCCAGACCCUGCUGGAGAGCCUGGGGGCCGUGAGCCAGGCCUGCGACCAGGCCAGUGUCCUGUGGUUUCACACGCUCCUGACAGACCGCGCCAGUGACCUGACGGACACAGUCCAGGCCAUCCUGAGCAUCACCAGCACCUACCUGCGCUGCCUGGAGGACCCUGAGCCGAGAGGGCUCCUGGCCCAGGCAGUCUCCCUGCUGGCUCAGCACCACCAGGAGGCUGUGGUCACCCACCUCCUCCAGCGCCCCUUGCCGUUGGAUAAGGACAGCAAGGAGCUCUGGGCAGCUCUGGCUGCCAAGGAUUUCUUCCAGGACAUCCUAAAGGAUUUGCUAGACCGGAUCCCCAGCGGGCCAGCAGCAGAGCAAGGGGCUGAGACCCAGGAGGUAGCAGUUGCCAAUCCCCUCUCGGUGGUCUGUGCCAUCGGUGAGGUGGUGAUGGGGACAGCGGUCGGGGAUGCGCUGGGCUCGCUGCUCCCUGAGCUCUGUUAUGCCCUCCUGUACCAGCUCAGCUGCACCCCGGACAGCGACACGCCAUUGCCCUCCAGGGCUGGGAGACCCCUGGUCAGCCCAAAGGGAGCUGCACUGCCACCCUCCACCCCCCGCAGCCUGACAGUGGCGGCACUCAGAGCAGUGCUCGCCAAGGGCCUGCAGGACGUGGCCAGGACCCUGGACAAGGAGCGAGGCUGGCACCUCCUGGAGGAUCCCCGCAGCUUCCCCGAGGGUGUCUCCCUGCUGGCGAGGGCUCUGGGGCAGGUGGGCGACGCACCGCUGGAUAGGAUCCUGCAGCUCCUGUCCCCAUCCCUGAGCUCCCCAUGUGAGGACUGGAGAGUCACCGGCACGGCCUUCUACGCCGAGCUCCUGGGUCACCCCGGGCUGCAGCAGAGGAAGCUGCUGAGACCCGUCCUGGAGCACCUGGUGGCAGGGGCCAGCGAUGAGAGCGACAGCAUCCGCCGGCUGGCGGCGCGCGGGCUGGGGAACAUGGCCCAGGGGCUGCCACACAAGGUGAAGACGCACAGGCAGCUCCUGCUGGACACCCUGCGCCGCCCCCUUGCUGAGCCCAGCAGCCCCCAGGUCGUGGGCGAGAGCAUGCGGGCCCUGACCAAGACGCUGGGGCAGUUGAGCGAGAGCGACGUGGGCCGCCUCUCCCAGCCCCUGGCCGCGCAGGCCCGGGCUCACUUCCCACACGAGGACAGCGCCGUGCGCGCGGCAGCAUUUGGCCUGUUCGGGGCCCUGGCCGGCUCGGCCCAGCAGAAGCACCGGCAGCUCUUCGCAGGGGAAGUGAGGAGCAGCUGGGCCGCUCUGAUGCUCCAUCAGCGGGACCCGAGCCCCGAGGCAGCCACGGCCUGCUACACUGCCUUCCAGGCGUGCGCCCCGUUCCUAGGCCUCACGGGGCUCGAGGGAGCCUUUGACAGCGGGCUCCUGACAGGCGCCUCCGGGGAGAGGCACAGACACUUGAUGGGACACGUCUGCAAACAGCUGGCCCAGAAGGACCCUGCGCUGCUGGAGAGUCUCGUCACUGAGACCAGCCUGCACCUCCACAGCCGCUGGGAGGGGAUCAGACUGGCAGCAGCCAAGCUGGCAGGGAUCCUUGCAGAGAACAUGGAGGCCCAGCAUGUCCAGCAGCUGGAUCUGGGAACGCUUCUGUGCUCUCUCCGAGCGCUGCAUGGUGACCCCAGCACUGCUGUCGAGAUUGCUGCGGCAGAAGCCGUCAGCACCAUCAGCCAGAAGCAGCGGGUCGCCCUGCAGGAGCCAGGUCCCAGCCACACGGCCCCCAGAGGCCAAGGGAGGCUGCUCUUUGUGGGGAAGCUCUUCAGGAGGAAGGGGAAGCGGAGACCCCUGGCAGGGCCCCUCGACACUGCAGAGUCAGAGAGCGUCUCCAGCAGCUGAUGUCGGAAGGAGAUGGGUGCUGCUGGCAGAGCAGAGGAUCGGGACCUUUGGAGCCACGUUCCCCUCUCUCAAGGGGCUCUGGACAUUGAUGUGUAUAUAUGUGUAUAAAUUCUGUGCCUUUCCAGCCCUGGUCUGGGCUUUGCUAUCUCAGAGUCUGAGUCCAGGGCCCCAGUCAGUCCCAGCCCCGAGUCAGCAGGAGCUGGGAGCGUGGGCAGCUCACAGACUGGGCUGCUGAAGGCACAGGGGCCAUAAAUAUGGGAACGAUGGGGAAUAUCCCCUGGCACAAUUGAAUGCCCAUGGGGUGAGAUGGCGGCUGGGUGGUGCUAUUGGCCAGGGGAGUCGCAGGCCGGCCUGUGCCAGGAGAGGAGGUUGUGAUUUGGUCCAGGCUUUUUAUCUGGAGAGUUUCCCUCCUCCCUUACCUUUCCCUGCUCUCCUGGGUGAAGUCCAGCUCCUGCCAUGGCCUUGAAAUGCUGCUCCGGGUAGGACAGUGCUGUUGCGUGGGGGAGCGCCAUGGAAUUCCAUAGGGGGAUUCUUUGCUACUUCCAGGCUCCAGGGUUUGCUUAUUUGACCUGAUAAAAGCUCCUUUGAGGCUGUUCUUUUAAACCCCAAACCCCUCUAAAGAGACUCUCUCAGCCUCCCUUCUCCCACACCGUCUCCCAGCCUACUCCCACCCUAUCAGGCUACCAGAGGUUAGCAGAGGCCACCAGCACUGCCUUGCUCUGCUGUGAUGGAGAGAGAAGCGAGCUUCACGGCCCUUAGGGCCUAGGAGACAUUUUGACCUGGAAAAGGCUAGUGUUAGGUGCUGCAUGUAACCCUGGCUCUCCGUGCGCAUCUGUCCCUGUGGCUGGCUCACAGCGAGAGCAGCCGCCUGCUCCUUCCGGCUAAAGAAGGGCAGGACUGGAAGGGACCUCGAGAGGUCAUCUAGUCCAGUCCCCUGCACUCAAGACAGGACUUAGUAUUAUUCUAGGCCAUCCCUGACAGGUGUUUGUCCAACCUGCUCUUAAAAACCUCCAGUGUCGAGAUUCCACAACCAACCGUGGCAAUUUGUUCCUGUGCUUAACUACCAAGACAGGAAGUUUUCCCUAGUGUCCAACCUAA